AGCAACACACUGAAGAUGGUGCAACAGCAACCGCAGCUGCAGAAACGAUGAAUAGCUGCUGCGGUAACCACAACACCGACACGACGGCAGCCUGGCCUGUUCUCAGUAGCGGCGGCGACGAGACAGAGGUGGCAACUGUCACCGUGAUGGUGCCAACGAUGUUCACCACCGCUGGGGGGCGUUGCAUUUGUGUGCGUGAGAAGCGACGCAUCGCCUGCGAGUCACCGUACUGGCGUCUGUUGUUUGGGUGCCCUCUGCAGGAGGGGGUUGCUGUGUCUUCCCACACUGACGGGGAGGCAAGGCUGAAGAGGCAGAAGGUGAGAGGUGACGCGGACGACGCAGAGCGGCAGCAACGCGGCCUGCUGCCGGCGUGGCAACGGCACCCACGUGAGGCAAACACACCAUUUGUGCCAUCACUUGCCACGGCCCCUCAGGAACCCCGCUCCCGCUCGUGUCCACCGCCGUCACUUGACGACGGCGGGGCAGUUGAAGACAGCAGUAGUGUCGCGUUUAGUUUUCCAUACUCGUCAUUUACCAGAGCUGACGGCAGCAUGAUUUACUUCGCUGGGGCGCGGGGAAGCGCAUGA